AUGUCACUACGGCUUCUAAACCACGGCCUCGCUGACCGGCUCCCCACUGAGUUAUGGGACCAAAUCUUGGGCGAGUUAUCCUACACCGAGAUGAUCAAGUGCAAAAUGCUUAGUCGCAGGUUCCAGAGAAUCGUACGGGCGAUGCUGAAGAUGUACAAGGGGAGGCUGGGAGCUCUUGCUCUCGCGAAUGUGGAAGAUUCUGAUGUUCCUUUCAAUGAGUGCAAGAGGAUGUUGCACAGGUAUCACCAGACUUGGGAGGUACUCUCGGGCGACAUGGGACCAAGUCCCAUAUCGACUCACCUUCCUAACCACCAAAGCCCACCCCUAAUUCUCGAAAGCGGCUGGAUCGUCAUAGAGGAUUUUACGGGUGACCUGACGUUUGCCAAAAUACCGACAAUUUCUAGCUUGCAUGAUCCUAUCCCACACGAUGGCUGGUCAGUUAAGGCGAACAUCCGCUGCCACCAGCUUCCACGCUUUGUGGCCUAUCGAUUUGAUCCAUCGCAAGACCUUCUGGUCAUCCUUGGCCCUAGCAGUCUCCAACGCUAUCCAGACAUCCAUGUUUUAACCAUGAUCACUCAGCGACCUCAUCCGCUGGCCCAGCACUCGAUAUUUGAUGCAGGCAUUGGGCCGCUGGGAGAGAUCAACAGCUUCGAAGUGUACCAGGAUCUGAUCCUGGUUUUUGCCGGGACCGAUGAGGACCGGAUACUGCGGGUAUGGAACUGGAAGACAGGGGAGGACAUUUUUACCCUGGAGGGCUUCGAUGCGUUGGGAGACCUAGCGACUUUCAUCGGAGACCGGACCUUACUGCUUGUGCAAGAGUACGAGCUUCGGCUGUUCCGAUUCGCAGAAGACGACGUUGUCCACACCUGUGAUUUGGAGCUUCCGCGCUUCAUUGAGCCGGCCUUACAGAUCUGGACAACGGUAUCUCAUCCGCUCAGCAACGUCCCCGAGUCCGGGAGGGCAUUCGUCACUGACCCAGACAAGGGGAUUGUCGUCAUUAAUAUGAUCCGAAGCGUACCGGAUGUUGCCCCCGACAAGCGCUGUUCCAUCAUCCUCGCCAUCCGCGUUGCGGCCUUGCUCGCGGAAGCCCGCAGGCAUUCUGCGCCGGUAGCCGAAGAGGCCUACAGCGACCCACGCAUUUACGAGGUCGACCGAUCGGGUUACGCAUGCUCGGAUAGUGACUCGGAUAGUGACUCGAAUGCCGACACCACGACCCCGGAGGUCCCGAUAGUCAUGUGGAACGAUUGGGGUCCUCAGAAUGCCCGCUUUGUGCAUUUUGAUGAGGAAUGCGAGACUCCCUCGACGUUUGGCAGCCGGUGCGUACUACUGUCGCCCUCUUGUCGAGACAGGCCUGCGGAAAUUGUGCUAUUCGACUUCGGUUUGGACACGGAGGAGAUCUCUAUCUCAACUCGGACGCAUACACUGUCCUCCGAGUGGACUGUGGAAGUCGUCUCCGCCCAUACCUCUCUUGAUAUGAGCGGCUGGUUUGAAGACACCACGUGGGUUGUAGAUACGGGACUACCCUAUAGAGUGCGGAGGAGGGCCGUCCCUGAGCUCCCUAAUGGAGCUUGUAUCGAAGCAGCUUUGUGGGAGAAUGGAAUCAUGGUCAAGAAAUCUGACGGAGGGCAAUGUGAAUACUUCUCCAUGUCUAUGCACGGCUCUACUCUUCCUCCGUGA